AUGCCGCAACCAAUUCAGGAGUUGGAUCCUGAUUUUUACAUUCUGUACAACUAUCCAAUUGACGAGAAGACCAAGAAGGUUAACUCACAGACUGAAAAAGCGUUGUAUACAUUUGUCCAUUACCUAUACGACAAGGGAUUUGGAGCAACCAUCAGACCAGGAGAUCCUACCCACUUGUUGAUCUUUAUCAAAUUGUCGCCUUACAAGUUCAUUGAAGAAGCAGAGAAGGACUUGAUUAAGAAUUAUGAGUUUGGAGUUACUGCAAAAGAUGAUGAAUUGAGUUCAAGAACUAGAAUCAUCUACCAAUACUUGACAAACUCGAAGAAGCUUGGAGGGUGUGGUAUUGUACCUGGACAAGAACCCUAUCAAGAGGUUGUCAACAUUGUCCCCAUCACCAGCGCUUUUGAUGAAAGUCGAAUUGUUGAGGAUUUAAAAGACACCUUUACCAGGCCGGAGCUAUCGGCCAACCAAAUUAAAAGAACAUACGGUGUGCAAAUUGCCCUCUAUUUCGAGUUUUACAAAUACUACAUAUUUUGGCUAUUGGGCUUAUCUAUAUUGGGUGUAUUCCAAUACUUCAAACAAUCAGGCGCUUAUUCAUUGGGCUAUACUUUUAUUAAUUUGACUUGGGGUACUUUCUUUUUGGCAUUCUGGCAUAGAAGACAACAGUAUUUGGUAAACUUGUGGGGAGUUCAAAACUCACACCUUGUUGAAGAGCAUAGUUUGGAAUUAGCUGAAAUCAAUGAAAGAUUUGAGCCUAAAUCAAACUAUUUGCACAAGAACAACACAGAAGGAUUAAGGUUUGUCAAACAAUUGUUCUUCAUCCCAAUUGCUCUUGGAUUUGCCUUUGUCUUGAUUAGCUAUCAAUUGGGUUGUUUUUUUAUUGAAAUCUUUUUAACUGACCUUUACGAUGGCCCAGGAAAAGCUUAUUUGACAUUGUUGCCAACAGUUUUGCUUUCCGUGUUUGUCCCAAUUUUAUCCAUUGUAUACAACCUUGUCACAAGUGUUGUCAUCAAGUUGGAAGGACAUGAUACUCAAAUAAGCGAAAACCAAUCUGUUUUGAUCAAGACUUAUGUUUUGAACUUUUUGACUAGUUAUGCUCCAUUGCUUAUCACCUCAUUUUUGUACUUGCCAUUUGCCCAUUUAGUGGGUCCUCACUUGGGUGACAUUCAAACAACUAUCUCGUCUUAUGUUGGAGAGAACAGGUUUUAUUCCAAGUACUUGACCAAGUUGAAAUCUCAAAAGGAGUUUAAAAUCAAUCAAGGUAGGUUGAAUGCCCAGUUUUUCUACUUUAUUGUAACCAACCAAAUUGUUCAAGCUUUGUUGAAAUAUGUUUUGCCAUUAGUGAUAACCAAAGUGAUCCAUUUGUAUCAAACCAAAAUCCAGAAGAAACCAGUGUUGCAGACUAAAGGCGACGAACCAUAUGAAGCUAACUGGUUACAGAAUGUUAGAACUUCGUUGACAUUGCCUGAAUACGUAGUAGAUGAUGACUUUAGAAGUGUCGUAUUGCAAUACGGUUAUUUAAUAUUAUUUGGACCAGUAUGGCCAUUGGCGCCUUUAGUAUCAUUGAUCUUUGCUGUUGUUUUCUUCAAAUUGGAUCACUUUAAAUUGUUCAACGGAAAUUACUUCAAGCCUCCUAUUCCAAAGAGAGUUGACUCUAUUCACCCUUGGAACUGGGCUUUGUUUUUGUUGACUUGGUUGGGGUCAAUUGUAUCUCCAGUGGUUACAGCAUUUUAUCGCCACGGUACUGCCCCACCCAAAACAAUGGGUCAAUUUGCAUUGGAUAAUGCUAGUGUUAAUAUUUCCUCUUCAGCCAAGUUGGUAUUGUUGUUGAUAUUCUCAGAGCACGCCUUCCUUUUCCUGAGUUACGUUUUGUACACAUUGAGCAAUUUAUUCAAGAGCGCUGUCGAAUGGGAGAAUGAUUUUGUUGAUAAUGACAUCAAAUUGAGACAUGACCAUUAUUCUAAGCAUGUUAAGCCAACCAUCAAGGUGACAAAUGUACCAGCAUGGAACGACUUUACUGUUGAGUCAACUUUGGAUUUCACUCCACCUAGUGCUAUUGAGCAAGAAAAUGAUGUUGCGGCAGAAAAAGUUCCAUCGAAGAAACAAGGCUAUACUACGUCUACAAAACCGACUGAGACCACUGUGCACUCACGUUCAGAACAAGCACGUGUAAUUGCUGAAAAGGAAAGACUUUUGCGGGAAAGACAAACCGAAUUGGCCAGGUUAGAAAAGAGACGAUUGGAAGAGCCUGGGGCUGCUGCUUUAUCCUCAGCUGAAUAUGACAGACUUAACAGAGAUAAGGAGCCUGGUGAUUCAAUUAUUGAAGCUAAAUCUGGUCCAAACAGUGAUAAGCAUUAUAGUACUAUUGAUAACAGUACACAUGCUGCUGACAACAACAGGAAUCCUAGCAAUACCCGAACUGGUGAUGAUACUACCCAUGCCAAUGAGUUGCUCCAUGGCUCUUCAAUAAUUCCACCUGACCCAAAUGACAAAUCUGGCACAGUUUAUACAAAAAAAAACACAACUCAGUCGGAACAGUCAGCAAGGGCUGAAGCACACGCACCUACUGGUGCUGGUCUCGCAACCGCUGCUGCCGCCCCAGCUUCUAAGGAAGAGAAGGAAAAGCAACGUCAAGAGGAACUUGAUACUACUCCAGUGCCCGCCAAGAAAAACAAAUCGGGAAUCAAAAAAAGCAAUGCUCCAGCAACUGAGCAGAGGAAAGCAUUGGCAGCAGGAGAUGAUAGAUUCAACGGUAACGCGGACAGAGAAGUGGAAAAGGACAAAGUUUCCUCCCAAAAGGGGUCUAACCAGAACUCAAAGUCCUCAAAAUCUGAAGGUGGAGAGAAACAAGAUGGAGCCGACGACGAUGAAAGUUCCAGUAAGUAUUCAGAAAAUGACUCACAGAAGGAACCUAAACGUAAGAGAUCGGGGUUAAAAAAGUUAUUGAAGAUUUAG